GGGGGGUUUAAGGAUGAAAUGGAAAAUAAAGAGGAAGAAGGAAGGGUAGUGGGAAGUCUAGAGAAAUCUCACUGAUCAAGAGCAAGAAGCAAAACUAUAAAUCCUGCAUCAACGCUCACUAUAACAUUUUGCAAGGAAAAUUCAUCCUCAGCUUAUAGAUUCAAGACCUGGGGAAGACUUGAUGUAUGAUAGAUUUCUGGCUUCUUAUAAAAGGUUGACGACUUAUUUCAGACAUUUAAAGGAAUUAAAUAUCGGAUAUUUCACAUUGUCUGUUCCAACAGUUCCUGAUCUUUCAAAACCCCUCUCAAAUGUCCAGAUUCAGAAGAUGAAUUUAUGAGGAUCAGGAGAAUUUUGACACACCUAUUGGAAACCUGUCCUGCUGAGUUC